UGUCCUGUUGUUAUUGGUGAGCGAAGCAAACAGCUCCCCCUUGCCUGCUGGACUAAAUCUGUGUACUUAGCAGUCUUUCUGUCUGCAGCAUUCACUUUCUCUCUCUGCAGGCAGCUGAGUCGUCACCUGGUGGGACUCUGGGUGACUGGGAACCCCACUGCUAAUGCCCUCCUCCACAGACCGCUGGGUCUAAUGCAGUAUCUCAAGUCCAAUGAGAAAGUUCCGGAAGAGGCAGACCGCAUGCACGUCAGAGACAACCUCAAGGCUGUACAGACCCUGUCCAAGCGAAGGAUCAACAAACUGGAGUUGACACUCAUCCACUGGCGAACCAGACUUCGCUCCAAACCACAGAGAGACACAACUGCCCAGCGACCGGUGACCCUGAGGAAGAGACGACAACAGAUCAAGACGGAAGAUAACUGGCCUCUAUUCUACUACCAGUUCAACGAGGACCACUCGCUGUCUACCCUCAUCUGGAACUACAAGGCUACCUAAGAGAGCUCACCAAACUGAACGUCCAGUCCAAUCGCAUCACUAGUCUCCCCAGGGGCCUCGGGUACUCUGGAGAACCUGGAGGAGCUGUACAUCAACGACAACCCCAACCUGCAGUCCCUGCCCUAUGAACUGGCCCUCUGCAAGAAGCUUGCCCUCAUGAGUGUGGAGGGCUGUCCGCUCACAAGACUCCCUCCACACGUCGUCGAUGGGGGACCCUCCUCAAUUAUCCAGCAUCUCAAGUACCAGGGUCCUUAUCGUGGCCUACACUGAUUUGAACUUUGCACCUGUUGCCAUGCCUACUACUGUGUGCAUCACAACAACACGAAAUGAUAUUAUUUUGUUAUUGAGUUUGUAACUAUCUAUUCUGCACCCUUUUGUUUAGUUAGUUUUUCACCCUCAAAUAGUACUUUUUGUACCGCUGGUGUGCGAUUCAAUCAUGUAACAUGUCCAUUUGUUAGAUACAUACAUGAUUAUGAUCGAUUUCUUGUUUACUGCGCAUGCCUAUGGAUAGGAUGCUGUGUAUUGUAUAUAACUCCUGCUACAUAUUAUUGUUGACACUUUACCUAAACACCAGUGGGGUCCACACUCCACUCUUUGGACUUAUUCUUUGGGCCAAUAAUAGUUCAGUGUAACGUAAAGAGAAUAGUUCUAACCAUUAAGCGUAAUGAUGACGUAAUAUUCGCAAAGAGCUUCAUGAUUAAUUCAUUUUUAAGGGCUGGGGAAUGAGUUAUGCA